AUGCCUACACUUUACGAACAAUGUGGAGACACCGCACUUGCUUUUAUUGGAUCCUUCCAGGGAUCGGUACCGGAGGCUAUCAUAGCCCAUCGAGCAAAGAAUUGUCUGCAUCGGAUCAGGUCCGGCUCAUUGAGCUCAGGCCCCAUGACCAAUGCUGAGUACUGCGCCUGGGUGAAAAGUCUGAUGCCUGUCAUGCGGAACUUUCAGCUUCACCUUCAGGAAGGUCACCUACCGAUCAUUGAUGCCACACAGCGAAAGGUUACAUUAUACUUACGAUCCACAAGUGACACGGACUUUGGCAACUACUCGAACGAAUACAUCUGGAUUCUCAGCCUCGACGAUACCGGUCGCAAGGUCAACGACAUAAUGGAAUUCACUGACAGUGAAUACACCUCAAAUUGGAUUCCUAAAUUGAUGAAAGCGGCGGUCCUGAAAGGCACGAACAUGGUUAGCCUGGGGAAUUAUUCAAGAGGCUAA